UUGUAUACAAAAAUAUUUGACAAAUGGGAUGCGGUAUGAAAAAUUCUCAUUCAGAUUUAGAAAUUGUGAGCUGACGGACCUUAAAAAAAGGGAAUAAUAAAAUUAAAAGUUCCAAGCUCCGAAAAAUAAAAAGUGGAUAAAAUUAAAAUGGCUGUAUCUAAACAUAAUUUAAAGAAGGCAAGGAACACCUGUAGCAACUUAAAACGUAAUUCCAUAUACAAGAAGCAAAAAGUAGCACGCAUUACUACCAAUGGGUACCUCAACUAUUUGAGGGAGUUCAAACAACAGUUUUGUGGAUUAUCCCCCCGAGACAUGGUGCGUUUCGGAGCUUUGGAAUGGAAUAAGUUAAUGGAUGAAGAAAAAAAGAUCUACAAGAAUUUGUAUAAGCAGGAAGAAUGCGCUGCAGAAGUAUUAAACGAAGAGGAACAAAUAAAUGCCGAUGAGUCAAAUUAUUCGAGCUCUGAGACAAGUGUUCCCAUCAAAAUGGAGGUGGACGAGUCUUCUUCAGUAUUGCAACUUGAAUCUAGUGUAGAAAUUCAAAAGAGCCAGAAGGCGGAUAAUAUAAGUCUACCAGAUGAGUGUGGGUCGGAAGAAAUAUGCCUUUUAUGCCGGAAGGAUAUUGGCUCAUCGCACCAUAGACAUGAGAGUCCUGAAACAAAGAAUAGCGAUUUAUUCUCUGAUGAUUUAAAACUAACAGAAUCAUCUCAAAUUUCUUUGGAAAAUGCUUGGCUUGCCAAAGAAACCAAGCGUCUAAGGGAAAAGGAAUGUUCUAAAGUCAAGACUAAGUCAAAACCUUCGAAGUCAAAGGGCAAGGAUAAGGUGUGCAAGUCAAGAAAGACACAUAAAAAUGAUUUCAAACACGACAAAGGCUCACUUGGAUCUGCUUCUGCCUAUAUUAACUUUAUGAAAUCAUUUGUCAAACAAUAUGGUAACGUGAAAUCUAAACAAUUGAUAAAAUCAGCAGCCUAUCAUUGGUCCAAAUUGAAGACAAGCGAGCGAGCCAAAUUCGAAAAUCCUUCUUUUAUGCAAUUUAAAAAACCGAGAAAGCAUUAAGCCACAUUUCAUACUCUUAGACAAAUGUAUUUAUUUACGAGAAAAUUUUAAGUUUGUGUAACAAUAUUUUUGACCAGUAAUAAACGGAAAUUCUCUUUGUUGUUGAUUGAGAUUAGUAAAGUAUUGAAA